AUGAACCCUCUAGCUACAAAGUCUACCCCUUCAACCCCGGUAGCACCACAUCCUCAGGGUCGGUCAUCAACUCGGUUUUGCGCAUGCCCUGGAACCCCGUCCGUGCAGGCGCCACAACGCAGAACCAAGAACAACAGGGAUGCUUCUGUAAUAGAAAAACUAGGUGCAGGGGAAGCGACUGCUGCUGGUAAACCCGAGCAAAAUAACCAAGAAGCUGGAAACGAAGAAAUCGACGAUAAUGAUCCAAGGCACCUCGGCAUAUACAGACUCUCCCUGGUCUUAAUUAGCCUAAAUCUGUCAGUCUUUCUAAUUGGCCUCGACAAUACAAUCAUCUCUACCGCCAUUCCUAAAAUCACCGAUAAUUUCCAUGCCCUUGGCGAUGUGGGCUGGUACGCCAGUUCCUACCUGCUCACCACUUGCGCAUUCCAGUUGAUGUGGGGAGAUCUGUAUACCUUGUACUCCAUUAAAUGGACGUACAUCGCAGCCCUGUUUGUCGUGCAGUUUGCGGGCGUUGGGAGCGGAGGCGUCACCAAUGGAGCCUUCCUUUUAGUUGCCCAUCUAGUUCUGCCGCGCCAACGACCAACUCUUGUUGGGAUGAUCGGCGGCAUGUAUGGCUUUGCAUCCAUCGCCGGUCCUCUCAUGGGAGGCAAGAAAGAUCUCCCUGAUCGGCCAACUAAAGCAGAUGGAUCUCCCUGGGAGACUGCGUACGAAUGGAAGAACCGGCGCAUCAUUGUCCUCCUAGCCAUCGUCGCGGCUCUGCUAGUCGGCUUUGUUAUCAUUCAAGUCAUCAGUGGAGAUCGCGCCACUGUUCCCCCACGUGUGUUUUGUAAUCGAAACAUCUGGGGCUCUACACUCUUUGGCUCUGGCGUCACUGCCUGCUUCUUCACAAUGCUCUAUCAUAUCCCCAUUUGGUUCCAAGCCAUCAAGGGUGUCAGCGCCGUCAAGUCCGGUGUCAUGACUCUUCCCAUGAUCCUCAGUUUCGUCAUCUUCUCCUUUGUAGGCGGAACACUAAACCUCCCUGACUGGUUACUAUAUUCAGGCCAUCCUGAAUGGAUAGGGUACCAAUUCAUUCUAGGCGCAGGUAUCGGGUUGGGUCUGCAGGCCGCAUUCGUCUCCACACAAACUGCACUUCCACUUGAAGAUAUCCCGAUUGGCACUGCAACCAUAAUGUUUUCGGAAAACCUCGCUGCCGUAAUUAUGGUAUCAGUUGCGCAGAACGUGUUUGCCAACCAACUCAUGAGAAAUCUAGGCACACAUGUACCCGGUUUUGAUGGACACAGGAUCUUGACGAUCGGCGCCACACAGAUCAAGAACAAAGUUCCUCCAGAGCUUUAUGAUGCGGUUCUCAUCGCGUAUAAUAGGUCAUUUGGCGCAGACGUUCUACGUCGGGGUUGGGUUGUCGUGCAUAGGUUUAUGGGGCGUCGUUUGGCUGGAAUGUCUCUCUGUUAA